AUGCAUUUCGUAGUAAAACUAGGGAUAUUCGUUGCAUGUUAUGCUGUGUUUCAUGCCUAUAUUCUUGGACCUUAUAUUGCGGGCGGUGUGUGCACAAGCCAAGCGAGACUUGACGGCAAGACUGUCAUCAUAACUGGUUCUAAUACGGGCAUUGGUAAGGAAACCGCGUUGAAUUUAGCCAAGAGAGGCGCGAGGGUUAUCAUGGCUUGUCGUAAUCUACAGAAGGCCGAGACCGCUUUGCAAGAGAUCGUUCAGAAAUCUGGCAAUGAAAAUGUCGUGGCGAAACAUUUAGACCUCGCAUCCUUGAAGUCUGUUCGAGAAUUUUCCGAAGAUGUAAACAGCAAUGAACUUCGACUCGAUGCCUUGAUCAACAAUGCCGGGGUAAUGUGCCUUUCGACAUUAACUAGAACAGAAGACGGUUUUGAAAUGCAUAUGGCUGUGAAUCAUUUAGGGCAUUUCUUGUUGACAAAUCUGCUGCUUGACUUGUUAAAAAGGUCCGCUUCGUCGCGAAUUGUCGUCGUGUCGUCAAUGGGGCAUUGGAUGUUCACUAAAACUGCAUUUAAUUUUAAAAAUAUGAAUGGUGAAAUUGCCUACGAAAAAUUUGACGCUUAUGGGCAAAGUAAAUUGGCGAAUAUAUUAUUCGCAAGAGAGCUGGCAAGACGAUUGGAGGGCAGCGGUGUCACAGCAAAUUCUCUUCAUCCUGGCGUUGUAGCGUCAGAAUUAAGCCGUCACCUUCCAAUGGUAAUGCAAGGAAAUAACGUCGUUGCUUCGUGGUUUCUCAAAACGUCAGAGCAAGGAGCGCAGACGAGCAUUCAUUUGGCAGUUUCCGAAGAAUUAGAGGGGGUCACGGGGUUGUAUUUUGCCGACUGCAAAGAGCGCACGCCAGCAGAGACGGCACAGGACGACCAAGCUGCUAAGAAGUUGUGGGAAGUCAGCGCUAAACUUGUAGGACUGGACACUAGUGUUUGA